UCACUUGUGUUGUUCCUCCCAACACAUGUGUUUUGGGCAAUGAACUGUUCAGUGGUGGGGGGACUCGAAUGGUCAUAGCAAUAACGCGUUUUCUUCUAUGAAGUGUUGCGUAUAAACCGUCCACUGAAAUGCUGAUUCCUGCAAUAUUUAAAACUCAGUUGGCCUCUGUUAUGGAUCUGUUGGCUAAAGCGGUCGUGGUAGAAAUGGAGAAACUUUUUGACGACUGUUUGUCCAGUUCUGUUAAGUUUCGACUGAAGAUGUGCUCUAAGAACCAAAAGCCAAACAGUCAACUUACAGACUCCGAGUUUAGGACGGACCGGAUGCUCUCUAUUAUGGAGACGUUAACAAAAGAGGCAAUGGAAAAAAUCAACAAGCUCUUGGAUCAAAGCCCUGCCAUGAUACAGUUGGAAAGGAUCCCGUCUGUGUCCAGGGGAAGAGCCAUGGAGGGCUCAGCAAACGCACUCCGCUGCUCGGUUGUUGUUCAGGUUGGAGAGGGAUUCAGAAGGGCAGGAGUUUCAGAGGAGCGUCCUCCCACGUCCAGCCUGUGGAGCGAUGGAGAGCCCUUGUCAGCGGAAGAGGAGACGACUCCGCGUCAGUCCGUCAUCACGAGAGACCAGCCUCCACACACGGAAGAGCAGAAAGCGGAGUCCCCUCGUGAGAAGGAGGGCAGAAUUGGGGAAGAGGUCCCGAACGACGACUUGUGCCUCUCCCUGAAUGUCAGGGGUUCCUAUGCAGUAAAGUCUGGCCCUGAUGCUGGAGAGACAUUGUCUAAUGAACAUGCUGAACGGUACACUGAGGAGCCUGGUGUACAGCCAACACCUUCAGAAAGCCAAGAGGAGUGCGUUUCACAGCCCUCACCUGUAAAAUUAAACUCGGCCAUCGACAAUACCCACAAUUCAAAGCUUUCAACUGCGAGGAACACGAAGGCCAGCCGGGAAGCGAGCAGUGGAGAGAAACGGUUCCGUUGCACCCAGUGUGGGAGGACCUUUUUAAAACAGUGUUACCUUAAAGCUCACCAGAUUGUUCACACAGAGGAGAGACCGUUCAGCUGCGCGCAGUGCGGGAAGAGCUUCAGGUCAAAAAUUAAUCUUGGCGUGCAUCAGCUGACGGUUCACAAAGGAGAGAAGCCGUUCGGUUGCGAACACUGCGGCAAGAAGUUCGGGAUGCGGAGUCAUCUUAAAGCCCACCAGAGACUUUACACGGCAGGGACGCCGUUUAGCUGCUCCUUGUGCGGAAAGGAUUUCGGAGUGAAAUGUGGUCUCAAGCUACAUCGGCAAAUGGCGCACGAGGGAGAGAGACCGUAUCAUUGCGCACAGUGCGAGAAGCUGUUCAGCACACCCAGUGAACUUAAAGCGCACCAAGUUGUGCACACGGGCGACAGGCCGUAUAGUUGCACGAAGUGCGGGAAGAGUUUCACGGCGAAACGUAGCCUCAGUGUUCAUCAGCUGACCGUGCAUGACGGAGAAAGGCCACACAGCUGCGAUAAGUGUGGAAAGAGCUGCGGCACGAAAAGUGGCCUCAAAACGCACCAGAGGCUUCACACAGGAGAGAAACCGUAUCAGUGUUUUGAAUGCGGGAAGAGUUUCAGCCACCAAACCUCGUGGAAGACCCAUCAGGUGGUUCACACGAGAGAGAAGGCCUUUUGCUGCGACGUGUGCGGGAAGAGCUUCAGCAUUUUGUCGAACCUGCACAGGCACCAGCGGACGCACACCGGAGAAAAGGCUUUCAGCUGCGCGGUGUGCGGCAAGAAUUUCACCCAGGCCAGCCAUCUGAAAGUGCACCAGACGAUUCACACCGGAGAGAAACGGUUCGCGUGCGAAACGUGCGGGAAGCGCUUCAGUCAGAAGAGCGCGCUCAAAUCGCACCGGAGAGUUCACACGGGAGAGAAACCGUACACUUGCGACACCUGUGGACAGAGUUACAGCUCCGCGAGCUAUUUCAGCAGACACAAACUGAUUCACACAGGAGAGAAACUGCACAGCUGUACCGAGUGUGGGAAGACCUUCACGCGGGAAAGCAGUCUUUAUUUACACAAACGCACUCACACUGGGGAGAAACCGUACGGCUGCAAUGAAUGCAAGGCAAGCUUCAGCCUGGUGCAGAACCUCAGACGCCAUCAGCAGAUACACACGGGAGAGAAACCGUUCAGCUGUGCCACGUGUGGAAAGUGGUUCAGACAAGCUACUAACCUUAAAGCACAUGAACAAAUUCACAUGGGUGAGAGAGGACACACCUGUGACAAGUGUGGGAGGAGUUUUGAGUACUUGAGGAAACUCAAAGAACACAAGUGUGUUUGCUUGAUAAGUAACCUCGAAGAUCUCAAAUCUAUUAAUAAAGGCGUUGUUGAAAUUCACGGCGAUAUGUCGAAUCUUAGUACAUUUCAGACUAAGUUAGCUUCUGUUAUGGAUAUACUGACUAAAGCGGCCGUGGCAGAAUUUAAUAAACUUGUUGGUGAAGGUUCCCCUCAGUCUGCUGACUUGAGUUCUGAGAUGUCGAGUCAGGCUGAAAACGAUUCUCCAAAGAAAGUGUUGGAGAGCGAGUUUCUAGCGUUAGUCAUGGGGAUUCUGACAAAAGAGGCGCGGGAGAAGAUCGGCAGACUCGUGGAGGAGGGCUCUGCGGCGCUGCGUCUGGAGAGGUCCCAGAGUCAGAGGGAGAACGAGGUCCUGAAGAGGAAGCUGCAGCUGAUGGAGAGCCAGCUGAGGACAGUGAGAGCGCACGGGGAGGGCAGAGCACCGGAGAGCUCAGCGAACACACCCAGCUGCUCUGUGGGAGUCCAGGUUGGCCAUGAGCACGGGGGACAGGAAAUAGAUGUAGAAGAGGUCUGUGCUACGGAGAUGCUAACAGAUGAGAGCCAGCACUGUGAGGAGGACCAGGCCCCACAGCCCAGUCCAGCGGAGUUCAACUCUGACAUCACCGAUCGAAAUGGAUACGCUGUGAGUGAUGCAGAGCGUUUGAGUGCCGUUGCCCGGGCGGGCCCCCUGGUGGAUCACCAGUACUGCGCAGAGGCGCGUGAGCCGCCAUGCGCCCCUGCCGAAAACCCCCCGGGGAAACGGGGCCCCCGGCCCGCUCCGAACUCGGAACCGAACUCGGCCGUCACGGGCGAAACGGGGCGUGGCCAGCGGAGGAGGGGGGGCCCGAGGAAGAGGGCGGGCGCUCAGCGGGAGGCCGCGGGGGGGCCUGGAGCGGGCGGCCGUGCGCGACGUGGCGGCGGCGGCGGCGGGGGCGGGGGCUUCAGGUCCCAGCGCGGUCUGAACGCCCGCCAGCUCGCCGCGCGCGGGGCGGAGAAGCGCUACGGCUGCUCGCACUGCGGCAAGCUCUUCCUGAAGCAGAGCCACGUCCGGGCGCACCAGGUCCUGUCCCGGGACGGGAAGCCCUUCCGCUGCUCGCUGUGCGGCGGGGACUUCGCCGUCAAGUGCAGCCUGAAGCUGCACCAGCGCACGGAGCACGCGGGGGAGAAGAAGCUGCACCGCUGCUCGCACUGCGGGAAGCUCUUCGGCACGCCGGGGCAGCUCAGGACGCACCAGGUCGUUCACACGGGCGUCAAGCAGUUCCGCUGCGCGCAGUGCGGGAAGGGGUUCACGGCGAAGACCAGCCUCAGCAAGCACCAGCUGGCGGUCCACAGGGGGGAGAGGCCCUUCCCGUGCGACAUGUGCGGCAGGAUUUUCAGCCAGAGGAGCGGCCUCAAGGGACACCAGAGGAUACACACGGGGGAGAAGCCCUUCGAAUGCCUCGACUGCGGGAAGAGCUUCCGCUCCAGCAGUUCGUACAAAAAGCACAAGGUGGUCCACACGAGGGAGAAGGCGUUUUGCUGCGAGGUGUGCGGCAAGUGCUUCACCGCCUCGAACAACCUGAAGAGGCACUGGUUGAUACACACGGGGGAGAAGCCGUUCAUCUGCGCGGUGUGCGGGAAGAGUUACACUCAGUCCAGCCACCUGAAGGUGCACCAGAAAACUCACUCGGGAGGACUCUCUUCUGCGAAUUCCCGCGUCCGCGUCCAUAAGAAUAUUCUCACGGAGAAGAAGCGGCACAGUUGUGAUAAGUGCGGAAGGACCUUCGCGUGGGAAAGCAGCUUCCGUGCACACCUGCGCACUCACACGGGUGAGAAACCGUACCGUUGCCACAAGUGCGGCGCGAGUUUCACCACCGCGCCUAAUCUGGCGCGACAUCAGCGAAUACACACGGGGGAGAAGCCGUUCAGGUGCGGCACGUGCGGGAGGAGUUUCAGACAAGCGAACAAUCUCAAAGCGCACCAGCAGACGCAUUCCGAAAAGAAGCACUUCUGCGAUAAAUGCGGGAAGGGUUUCGCUCAUCCACGAAAACUUAAAGACCACAAAUGCGUUUAUGUUUGAAGGCGCAAACUAUGGAAGGAGGCCCGUUGACUUGAUCAAUUUUUUUUUUACAGCAGUAAAAUUAUACUGGAAAGAGAAGGCAUUGUCAUGCUACAACAAGUAUGCAAAUAUUUCCUGGAAAAAAAACCGACAUAUGUAUUCUGUCAAAAGAAGAGGAAAUGGAUUGGCAAGACCCAUGUUUAAUGAAACAUUCUAGCUGUGGCUUUGAGCAUUUGCAGGUGAAGCUUAAUGUUUGGCACUCAGUUGAAUAUUUUUGGGUUAAGUUGCUGCAACAAUAGUCAUCUUUUAAAGUGGCAGACCCCACACCUCCAUAGUUUGUGCAAACCUUCAUAUCAGACAACUUGAUAUAAUGUUUAAUGGUUACUUUUAAACCAUUCUGGCACAAAAGCUGGCCUUUUUUGUGUGCACAGUUUGGUUAUUCUGUCCAGGCACAGUUGUAGAAUGGUGUACCUGUCCACACAACAAUAGCGCUUGGUUUCCUUGUGCCCCAGAUAAACCUCUACAUAUUUCCUGAUAAGAAGUGAGUGUAAAUACAUUGUACUGUAGGUGAUGGUCUCUCUUCUGUGCGGCACCUGGGAGAGACGCAGGGCGGCUCUCAGUCCUUCUGCUGUUUUUGUGGUUUCAAAAGAUGGAGAGAUUUUGGGUCUACUUUGCUGCCGUCAUUAGCUGAACUCCUAGUUGCCUUCCAUUCGUAGAAGAACCCAAAGCACACUGUAGCAGGAGUGGCUUUAUUACACAACCUUAAAAAGACACUAGUUCUCAUGUAGAUUGGCUUGCAGCAAAGUGCUGUCUGUCACCAUUAGUUGCAUCCGAGCAAAGAAGAACGAGGUGACUGCGUGAUGAUGUACAAAUCAGUCCAAAGAUUAAUAGAUAUCUGAGGGGCAACAGUGAAGUGAAAAUGCACACACACAAAAUGGGGUCAUUUGAAGCCCUCAUCACUAUAUUCUGAAUUUGACAUUUUGAAUCCGUGAUUGUCGAUAUGAGAGGGCAGCAGUCAAGCCUGCUUUGACGUAAAAAUGUGCAACAUAAAACCUCUGAACGUGUCAAAGGCUGUAAUGCAUUAGUCAAAACUGUUAAAUGGCAGCAGGUUUUUAAACCCAUGAAAAAGGAUGGUCUGGAAGCUAUGCAUGAUCGUUUCUCAUAUACAGUAAUGGUGAAAUUCAAGGAACGAGGUCCUUGUGAUAUGUUUUAUAGUUAUAUUUUUUACAGGUAUCCGGCCAAACUCUUGUGUAAAUGUGUGAUAUAUCAGGAUUCAGGACAUUAAUCCACAUAUAGAAAAUGAGUCUAAUUUGUUAACUGCUCAGUUUACUAAUACUAGCAAAUCAAUUUGCUCUUGUUUCCGCUGUAUCAUUCAUAUUGAACAGCUCUGACGUUCUAAAAAGCUGUUGAGAGAUCAGUUGUCUCUUCACUGUGAAUGAUGUUGUGACGUGGGUUAAAUAAAUAAAGAUGCAGCCAGUGCCUCUUAACAAA